UAAAGCUUGACGGGCAGCAGCUGCGGAGGCGAACAUGACGGACCUGCAGAGCAAAUACAGCAAACUGGCGCAGGAGUACUCGAAGCUCAGAGCUCAGAAUCAGGUGUUGAAGAAGGCGGUGGUGGAUGAACAGAGCAGCUGCAACUCACUGAAGGAUGAGCUGAAGCAGAAGGAGCAGAGCUUGCGGCGGGUGGAGCAGGAGAUGGACAGCCUGAGCUUCAGGAACCAGCAGCUGAUGAAGAGGGUGGAGCUGCUGCAGGAGGAGCUGCUGCUGUCAGAGAGCAAGAGCAAGAAGAGCAGAAGUAAAGGAGACUCUCCAUCGCAGGUCAGUCUGCAGGCCCAGAGUGUGUUUGAUGAAGAUCUGCAUAAGAAAAUCCAGGAGAACGAAAGGCUUCACAUACAGUGGUUGGAGGCGCAGGAGCAGCACCAGCAGCAGGAGGCGCAGCUGAGCUCCAGACUGCAGCAGCUGCAGGAGGAGGCGCAGGAGCACCAGGCCCAGCUGGAGGAGCUGAGCUGCAGACACGCACACACCAUACACACACUGCAGGAGGACAAGGCCACGCUGGAGGUGAAGCUGCAGACUCUGGAGAGAGAAGCCAGGGACUGCCGGGUCAGAACAGAGGAGUGUCAGCAGCAGUUGAGGAAGUAUCAGUCUGAAGUGAGCAGUCAGCUAAAGCACAGCAGCAGUGUGAUCCAGGAGAAAGUGCCCUUCAACGACACUCAGUUGAGCGACUACAACAGUCUGAAUGUUCCUGCACACAACAGGAGACACCAGUUGCGAGCGCGUGAGGUUGCGGCUCAGGCGCUGGUCUUCCUCCAGAAUCUGGUCUCUGCUCUGCUGAACUUUCACUCCUACAGUGAGCAGCGAGUGCAGAUCUACCCGCGCGACUCCUCCAUCGAGACCAUCUCCGCGGUCAACCAGAAGUUCUCCCAGUAUCUGCAUGAGAACGCCUCGUACCUGCGGCAGCUGGAGGAGGAUUUACUGCAGCUCCAUCAGAGCAUCACAGAGGAUCUUCCCGCCGCCACACAGAAGUUUCGCACCACCAACGAGUGUCUGCUGUCGUCUCUGGCGUCGCUCACCAGCAGCAGCGGAAAGAUGGCCACCUUCUUCAGCAACAGUCUGGACUUCCUGACCUCGUGUGCGGGCUACAGUCCAUCAGGAGCGCUGCUGAAGCCGCUGCAGGCCGACAGCGUGAUGCAGAGCAAGAGGAGAGCGGCGGCGUACAUCAGCAGCGUCAGGCAGGCCAGAGCUGAAUCAGUGCCGUACGGAGAAGCUUUAGCGAACCGACACAUCCUGACCAGCUCCACCGAGAGCAGAGAGGGGCUCAUGCAGCAGGUCCUCCAGAGUCAGCAGAAGAUCUCUCGGCUGGAGCAGGAGAAGGAGCACUGGCUGCUGGAGGCUCAGCUGGCUCAGGUGCGUCUGCAGAAGGAGAGCGCGCGCAUCGCUCAGCUGGAGGCGCAGGUGUGUGUGAGCGCGCCCCAAUCACAGCUGUGUGCGAGCGCUGCGGAGUCACCGGUGUGUGUGAGCGCUGCGGAGUCACAGGUGUGUGUGAGCGCUGCGGAAACACCAAGCGAGCCCGCGCUGGCCGACGCUCCGGAGCCGCUGCAGGACACCAGCGUGGUGAGUUGCCGCGCCGUUGCCAAGCGCCUUGCCAUGGCGGAGAGAUCCCGUGACACGCUGGGGGAGGAGCUAAAGCUGGCCAAUCAGAACAUUACACGCCUGCAGGAUGAGCUCAGCACCACCAAGCGCAGCUACGAGGAUCAGCUGAGUAUGAUGAGUGAUCACCUGUGCAGCAUGAACGAGACCCUGAGCCAGCAGCGGGAGACCAUUGACACGCUCAAGCUCAGCGCCAAGGGAAACGCCAAGAAGAACAAGAGCCGAUAGUGGACCACGGAGACACGCCUGCCUGCUCACACUACCCACAAUCCCUCACACCAGACAGGAAGCAGCUGUGUGUGUGUGUGUGUGUGUGUGUGUGUGUGUGUGUGUGUUGUCUUGUUGAUGUGGAGUCACCAUUAGCUGUGCAGUAGAGUCUGAUGUCAGUAAUUAGCCGAUCACUCUGAUUGAUGACUGAUGAAGAGCAGCAUGAGUGUAUUGAUCAUCUGUGGUCAUUGUGUGUGUGUGUGUGUGUGUGUGUGUGUGUGUGUGUGUGUGUGUGUGUGUGUGUGUGUGUGUGGGUCAGGAGCUCUCUCUGUCCUGCACUCCACCAUCAUCAACUCAAUAAAGGAUGAUUAAAGUCAAAGAAA